GCAACCACUCGUCAGUCGUCUCACCCAGAGUUGGAUCAACUCAGAGACAAACACCCGAAUAGACUCCAUGUCCUGCAACUGGAGGGCACUAAUUAUAGCAGUUUUCCGGAGUUUGUCAAACAAGUGGAGGCUAUAGUGGGUGACCAGGGAUUGGAUACACUGAUAAACAACGCGGGAAUAGCACUUCGCGAUGGUUUGGAUUCAGUGACCGCCGAAGUUAUGCUUAAGAAUUUUGAAGUGAAUUCUGUGGCACCGCUUAUGUUAACCAAAGCAUUGCUACCAUUGCUUAAGGUAUCAGGAGCUAAAGGCAAGGCAUCUGUAGUUAACAUAUCGUCGACGGCGGGAUCCAUAAGCAAAACAAGUAGUCAUACGAUAUACCCGUACCGUACGAGUAAGGCUGCACUCAAUAUGAUCACCAAAUGUCUGGCGGUUGACCUCAAACCACACAAUAUCCAUGUGAUCAGUAUAUGUCCGGGUCAUCUGAAGACAGAUAUGGGCGGACCUAAUGCUGCGUUGGAAGUAAGCACCGGUGUGUCGGGUGUGAUGAAUGUUAUUAAGACCAUGGUCACUGAUGAUAAUUUGGGAAAGCUCAUUAAUCAUGAGGGCUCAAUAUUACCAUAUUGAUUGUAUUAUACUAACAUUUACUUUCUAUGAUUAUUUGAAUAAAUAUAUGAUUAUGAAACUCAUUAA